UCUGGACCCCUGAUGCGGCUGCCCGAGCAACCUGGAGAUGGGAAGCCUGAGAAUGAGACAAAAGGGGACCAAGAAACCCCCGAAGGGGGAGAGGAGCCACGGAGAAGCCAAGCCCCUGACUUCCCCACCUGGGAAAAGAUGCCUUUCCACCAUGUAACCGCUGGCUUGUUGUACAAGGGGAAUUACCUCAACCGAUCUCUGUCUGCUGGCAGUGACAGCGAGCAGUUGGCUAAUAUCUCUGUGGAAGAACUGGAUGAAAUCCGAGAAGCCUUUCGUGUUCUGGACAGAGAUGGAAAUGGCUUCAUCUCCAAGCAGGAGCUGGGUAUGGCCAUGCGCUCUUUGGGGUACAUGCCGAGUGAAGUGGAGCUGGCUAUCAUCAUGCAGCGUCUGGACAUGGACGGAGAUGGGCAGGUGGAUUUUGAUGAAUUCAUGACAAUUCUUGGGCCCAAGCUGGUGUCAUCAGAAGGUCGUGAUGGUUUCCUUGGAAAUACGAUAGACAGCAUCUUCUGGCAGUUUGACAUGCAGAGAGUCACUCUGGAGGAGCUGAAGCACAUCCUGUACCACGCCUUCCGGGAUCACUUGACGAUGAAGGACAUCGAGAACAUCAUUAUCAAUGAGGAGGAGAGCUUGAACGAGACCUCGGGGAACUGCCAGACGGAGUUUGAAGGAGUUCAUUCACAGAAACAGAACCGACAGACCUGCGUCCGCAAGAGCCUCAUAUGCGCCUUCGCCAUGGCCUUCAUCAUAAGCGUCAUGCUGAUCGCAGCCAACCAGAUCCUGCGGAGCGGCAUGGAGUAACAGCCUCCUCGCACCAGCCACUCCGCGUUGCCAGCUCACCGCGCAUGUGCAUGCCCGCGGGCAGACUCUGUUCCUCCACACGGGAGAUCUGGACCUAUGGAUGGAUGCAGGCGUUGGUACAGUUUAGUAAAGAACUCAAGUUUGCAGUGCAACCGGGGUCACGGAUCAACUCCAUCUCCUUGGCAGGGACACUAAAGGGCUGUCUUCAAUGCUUUCAUGGUUUUGUUUCCUCCCAAUGCAAUAAAUAGCCAGGAGUUCUCAAUUAUUGCUUCAACCGCCAGUAGCAACUCCGAAGGAGAAAAAAAAAAAUACUGCUUUCUUUUCGUCUUGGAAUUCCAGUAGCCAUCCAGGUAUCGCGGUGGCACCAGAGAGCGAGAAAGGAAAGACAGGUGUGAACAACACUCACCUCCAUCCAUGCCCCAAUUCUUUUCAACCCAGGGAUCCACAGAGACUCCCCGCUGAGGUUGACUUCUGGGUUGCUACAGAAAAGGGAACUUUCCAUCUCACCCUGGCUUCCUUCCUCCACCCCGUGGAGACCCCUCCCCCCAAGGCAUGAGGGGGAAAGCCAUUAAGCAGGGCAUAGCUCCUUGCAGUCACUACUAUUCUUAUUGCCUUUUCUACAGGACUCCUGUCGGUAGAGCUGGGGCGCUCUCAGUUGGUUUCCAUGGCACUCGGCUUUCUGUUUCUGAAGUCCAUCCCGCACCAGCAUCUUGGAAUCUGCAGAGAGCCUGGCUCCCAGCUUUCUUGCCUGUGCCACCAUUAGAGGAAAAAAAAAAUCCGUAACCUGGGUGUGUCUAUAACCCAAACACACAGACAAGAGACUUCUCCAUGUGUGAUGCCGUUCUUCCCUAAUUGCUUACUUUGGACAGGAACUUGUCCUCGAGCUCACACCCAUCCCUGCUUCCUGGGAGCAGAGGGUAAAGCAGCCGUGGUAGGGGUAGGAUUGAGCCUGGUGGCGAGGAGGCCCAUACCCCAGGCAUCCGAAGUAACAGAGCCCCUCUGAGUCACCAUACUAGAUAACAUCUGUAAGUUAAGAUUGGUGUACAUCUAACUCUCCCUUCAUCUCGGACUUUGUUAGUGAGUCUUUCCCCAACUAAGAGAGAGAGAGAGACCUAGAACCCGGAGCAGAAAAGAAGGAUCAAUUUGCUGUAUUUGGUUAAUAGCUCAUGAUAUUCAGAUUGUGCCAAUGACUCAUUAAAAGAGAGAAAGAGAGAGGUCAGUGGGCGUGGCUGAUGGGACAGAGACUUGGCUCCUGA